AAUGAAGGUGACUGCAGAUGAUCUCAUUCCGACGGAUUUGAGUCCUGCAGCUGCACAGAAUUUCCACUUGCAGUUGACGCGAGCCCCCUCAUCCCUUCAGAUCUCCUCCGAUGGCCGCCGCGCCCGUCACCCCGCCUCCGGCCUCGGCGGACGACGAGCUGGUCUACGAGUCGCUGCCCUGCAUCCGCGUCUACAAGAACCGCGUGGAGCGCUACUUCGGCUCCGAGUUCGUCCCCGCCUCCACGGACGCCGCCACCGGCGUCACCUCCAGGGACGUCGUCAUCUCCCCCAACGUCUCCGCGCGCCUCUACCUCCCGCGCCUCGGCGACGGCAACGGCGACGCCAAGCUCCCCAUUCUCGUCUACUACCACGGCGGCGGCUUCUGCAUCGGCUCCGCCUUCAACCCCAUCUUCCACGCCUACUUCAACGCCUUCACCAGCCUCGCCACCGCCCUCGUCGUCUCCGUCGAGUACCGCCUCGCCCCCGAGCACCCCGUCCCCGCUGCCUACGCUGACUCCUGGGACGCCCUUGCCUGGGUCGUCUCCCACUCCCACCUCGCUUCCUCCUCCGCCGCCCGCGACCCGUGGAUCGCGGGCCACGCCGACUUCUCCCGCCUGUACCUGGGCGGGGAGAGCGCGGGCGCCAACAUCGCGCACCACAUGGCGAUGCGCGCCGCCGCCGCCGCGGAGGGGGAGCUGGCGCACGGCCGUGCCCGGAUCCGGGGCCUCGUCAUGGUGCACCCUUACUUCCUGGGCACGGACCGGGUGCCCUCCGACGACCUCAGCGCCGAGACGCGCGAGAGCCUGGCGUCCCUGUGGCGCGUCAUGUGCCCGUCGUCCACCGCGGGGGACGACGACCCGCUCAUCAACCCCCUGGUGGACGGCGCCCCGGCCCUGGCGUCCCUGGCGUGCGCCCGCGUGCUCGUGUGCGUCGCCGAGGGCGACGUGCUCCGCGACCGGGGCCGCGCGUACUACGACCGGCUCAGGGCUAGCGGAUGGCCCGGCGAGGCGGAGUUUUGGCAGGCGCCUGACAGGGGACACACGUUCCAUUUCAUGGACCCGUGCUGCGACGAGGCCGUCGCGCAGGACAAGGUCAUCAGCGACUUCCUCAACCGCUGACUUGCCUCGCCGGCGGCGGUGGUGGUGAACCUUGGGUUUGGAUCAAAUUUGGCUUCGCUCAUUGUAUACUUGGAGAUCGGAAUAGCUGCAGCUUGGUCGAAUGCUGCUGGCGCUACACUACCAGUACAAUUCAGGUUCAGAGUUGUGUUUGUGUUCUUUGAAAUUGGGUCUGUGGAUGGAGGUGGAUUGCCAUUGUUAGGAGGUGAUGGUGCUGAUGUUUGCACUGGAAAUCUGGUGACGAUAUACUGCCAUAGUGUUAUACAGAUGAAAUUAUACUUGCUGGACACAGAAUUUGUUAAAACGUUUAUGCUUGUUAGUGAUUUGGGCCCAGCUUUGAGAGCUCCUGAUCUGGGUUGGAGAAUCUGAGCAAAUUUCUCAAUUUCUUUGUUUUUCCUUUAUUUUCUUACUAUUGAGAUUUGGAUCCACAGAACUGCCAUAUUAGAACCAACUCAGAGAAGCCUAGCUCUGGACUCCAAUCAUAUCCUUUUCCCUCACCUUUCUGAUUUGUCAUUGAUUUCUUAUAUCAACUUCUUGUGCUACUUGUGUUUCUUUGCUCUAUUCAGUUUGGGGAACAUCAAUGGAGCAGGCAAUGGAAGCAGGAGUUGCAUCUCGGUUGGAGGCAGUUUCAGAAGGUGAUGUGCAUUUUAUUGUUGGAGAACUUGUCCAUUGAUUUGGUUAGGCAGUUUUAUUAUAAAUUCUGGAAUGUGUUUGCUAAUACAGAAUUACAAUUAUGACAGACUGUACUUAGAUCUAAUGACAUCCUAGUUUUGUGUUGAGGACUUGAGGUACACUGUUUUGCAUACCAACUAAUUACACCUUAGUUCUACCAGUAAGUAUUCCAUGGGCCUCUAUGCUAAAAAAAAUCAAUACUUUUCACAAAAAGUUUUUUUUUACUUUACUCUUCUUAUUUUGCAAACAAUGCAGUAUAUAGCACUAUACAAUAUCCUCUGGUAUGGAAAAUCUUCUUUCUGGUGGAGGUAUUCCAGUUCCACCACUUGAAGGUUUGAACCAUGCUCAGCAGAUUGAGUUAUCACUUGCAAAUGCAAUCAAUAAUGAUCCAGGCCCUAGCUCCUCCAUUGCUAAUCACUUCUACCCAUAUAACUACUGAUGUACUUGUUUGAGAUCUUAAGCUGUUUUAAUUUAUUCAUGAGGUGCCUUGCACAAUGACUUCUGAUGCUCCAUUAUUUAAAACUUAGCUGAUCAAGGGCAUCUUGCUGGUCAGGAGCAGUUCUCAGCUCGUUAAUACCCUGUGUUAAAAUGCUCUUGCAGGGAGUAAUAUGUGUGAAGAUGCCCAAUUGGCAAUUUGGCAUUUCGACAGCAACAUGCAGACACUUUGAACUAUGGUGUGCAUGUUUUGUGAGGUUAUUUUGGGCAAACACCUGGCACAGAACUUCCUAUCUCCCUUUGCUUCCUUUUCCUCUUUUUUCUGUUGCAGUGACACUGACACCAAGUUUAGAUGAUGUGGUUAUCCAUAGUCAGCUCUUCAGUACCUUAGAUGCAUCGACUUCUGCUCACAUCAAUAUAACAUUACCACCACAGGAACUUUUAAAUGAGGGUACCCCAAGAUCUGCACAAGGGAGCACACAGAGCCAGAUGCAAGCUCCAUUGCCUCAGUGGCAUCUGCUUCUGCUCGACUGGUCGUUCCACCACAACAGUAGUAUUCCCAGGUCAUGUUGAAGAUUGGUAUGGUGGUCUAGCUCAUUAUAUCCACAGGUCAACAAUGUUCGCCUUUGGCAAGAAGCUCAGCGUUGGUCUGAUUUAAUUCUCAGGAUCAGAUCAUGGUGGUAGCAGCCCGAAAAGCAUCAAAAUGUAGCAUAUGGUCUCAUAGCGUCUGUGUUUUUUUUUUUUGCUCUCUUAUGCUUGUAAUGCAGAACAUGUACUGUGGUGUGUGAUUCAGCGUCACUGUUUCAGUCUACUACCUGUAAAUAUAUCAACAAA